AUGAUGACUCAGGCCGGAAAUAUCCAAUUAAGCGGCACCACGGUCACCAUUCCGGCGAGCUCCGGCCGCCGUUCUGGUCCCGCCAACGCUCCCAAAGCGGGCGCGGGCAGCAGCAGCAAAACCCAGAAGAACACUGCCAGCAGUAAAUACAUAUCUUUUGCGUCACCAGAAGACAUGAGCAAGCACACCUACACCCCGGGCGAAAAGCAUUGUAAUUGUGACCACGACCACGACGACGAGACUCGCUUGGAGGAUGAAGACUGGUCGGAUAUGGAGGAUAGGGGCGCUUGGGAACGUGAUUGA